AUGUUGUUCAACCAUUGUAAACUAAAUAUUCAGAUUGACAACCCGCACAACCGUGAUGAUGGCUUGCUGGGUGACUAUUGUGACAGGGAAGAAUUUCAAGCAGUGAGGAUAGGUAUGUAUGGUUUUAUAGCCUUUCUUAUACAACAGAAUAUUGGACUGUAUACAUUACAAAUUUUCUUUUCACUAUAGGCAUGCUCUUCAAAUAUUCCUAUUUUUUGACGAGUUAGAAGUAUGCAACCCCCUCGGGUCUCGGGCAAACACACAUAAAAUAGGUAAACCAGAUUAACCAUUCAGAGGGGCCAAUUGUUCAAAAGCCGGUUAGUUUAAUACUGGGUUAACUUAAAAUUCAAACCAAAUUUUCUCAUAGAUUGUAUGUGAAUUCAGAGAUAUUUCUUCAGAAAUCUUGUCUGGAUUAAUACGAGUUUUCUUCUUUACACUUUCAAAGUAAACAAGUGUGCAGAAACACACAAACUAAAACCUAGGGUUAAGUUUUAACCCAGGAUUAGUUUUAACCUAGCUUUGGACAACUGGCCCCAGAUGAUCUGCCUAUGAUUACAUGCAUGCAGUAACAAUAUUUUCUGAUGUUAGAUAAAGUAAACACGGUGCUCUUAGUAGUUUUGCAGCAUAAAAUUAGGGACAUUGAUGACUUAAAACAUGGUCCAUAAGAACUUAAAAAAUAUGUCAAUUUUACAGAAUAUUUAAACAAUGUAUUUACCUGAGUUCAUAAUUCAGGCAACUUCUACUACACCCUGGGCAACAUUUCACCUGAGAAACGAUCAAGUCUGAGUGCAAUUCAACUGGUCGCCAUUGUCAACAGCCAGCAUCUCAAGAAAUACGGAGUCGAAUCCAUCCUUGAAGUUAUCAUGAAGGACAUCAGACAACUUGAGGAGGUACUGUAUCUGCCAGUGGUAAUCUAUAUUUUAAUAAGCCAAGUAUAUAAGUGUUAAUGAGUUAAUUCAGCUGAUUUUAUCUUAAAAUUUAUUUUAGGACACUGGUGUUGAAUUUGAUGUACAUGGUACAAAGAGGUUUUUCAGAGGGACUAUAGCAUAUUCCUCUGGAGAUAAUCUUGGAUCACAACUAUUAGGUGGCUUUAAGGAGGGAUCUCAAGCACACCGAAAAUACAGGGAAUGCAUGGCACUUGCAGAGCAAAUUCAAACCAAGGUACAGUAUACAGUGUACUAAUAGGCAUCUACUGAAAUCUGAAAUAGGCAUUUAAUAACAUAUUUGUGCAUUUGUGAUUCUUACACAAAAUUAUUGGACAAUUAUAUUCUUCUUUUUGACUUUUAACAAUCAAUUCACAAAGAACAGAAUUAUGCGUUCCAGUUUUUAUUUCACUUUUUCAUAACUCUGUUCAACACAGGAUAAUCAAGGGCACGUGGACGCUCCUGAUUUCAAGACAAAGUUUGUCAACAAAAUCUUGUAUUUAUUUUUCAUAUAAUUUUUUCACAGAAUGCUGGAUAUGCUAGAAAUCCCAUUUCUGAAGCGAGGCUGAAGUUUAAAAAUAUUUUCGAGAGACCAUGCCCCAAAAGUUGGUUCCAAAGUUAGUGCCCCCAGGAUAUUUUGGGAAUUUAUGAAUUCCCUAAAGACAAUUAAAAUUUAACUCUUCAAGUAUAUCUUGUAUCCUAUACCGAGUACCAAAAUACAUCCAAUAUAUGAUACAGUGUAUAACUUAAUUUAUAGUUUCAUGAAUCAGACUUUACCCUACGAACAAAGGCUGGCUACGAGGUUCACUGCAGACAUCUUGCUCAAGCAGAUUAUUUCAGUAUGGCAUAUGGCUUGAAUAGGAGGUCUUCAUUGAACAACUCAAAGUACUAUCAUGUUGUUGGUGGACUGCCUGCUGAUGCUAUGCACGAUGUCCUAGAAGGAGUGUUGCAAUAUCACAGGGUUCGAAAUAACGGUUCGUGAUUCGUGAAUCACGAAUCGAUUUUCAUUUUUCACGAACCCAAUUUCAUAGAAAUUGAUCAAAAUCACGAAUCAAAAGUCACUCAAAUUGAUAAAAAUAUACAAUAAUAAAUUCAGUUCUUUGUAAAUGUGAUGAAGGAUCAUACAUUCUGAAGAUAUUCUUGUUAGAUUGUACUUAAAAACGAUUAUAAUUCCACCCAAAAUUAUUAUAUUUCUUUGCGAGUUUGCGAUGUAUAUUACAUAUUUGAAAAUUGCAGUGCUUCCACUUUUUAACUUUCAAUUGGAGAAAAUUCCUUGAAAAUUCCUUAAAAUUUCCUUAAAAUAAAAAAAAUUAAUUCACGAACCAUUUUUUCAGAAUUAAUUCGAACCCUGUAUCAUACCAAAGAGCUGUUGAAGUUUUACAUUCUAGAGCAGAAAACGUUUACUUUGGAUGAGCUUAAUAACAGAAUCGUCUCCUUCGAUUAUGGGUAAGUAAAAAAAUAAAGCAUAAAAUUAUUUAGACACAGUUCAACCAUAAAUAUGGAUUAAUUAUAUUUUUCCUUUCCCUGAAAUUUUUUGGGCUCACUACAAAUGCAGUACAUUAAAAUUCGGAAUUCUUAUAAAUUGUACAAUUGUAAAACUUUAUCUAGAAAAUCAUCCUAUAUAAGGGCACAAUAAGGGACUGUCUGUACCAAUGUAGGUAGUACCAAAGUGAAAAUGCUGUGCUGAGUGGUUAUGCACUUGUCAUCGGAACCCCCCCCUCCCCCAGGGAAACAUGGGGCAUAGACUUUUUUAGAAACUAAUGAAAGAAAAAGCCCCACCCAUAGGGGCAAGCAAAAUAAGCAAAAGCCCCUACUAGAACCACACACAAUUAAAAGCUGACAUAAUCAUGCCCAAUCUCGUCCUCAAGUAUGCCUGCUCGCAGGUAUAUCGCGAAACCCAAAUAUUUGAGGUUGACGAAAAUUGCCUAAGCGCCCACCCCAUGGAGCACAAUGAAACGAUUAAAGCCCCAUCAUCCCCCACCUAUGCCCCAUGUUUCCCCAGGGUGGGGGGGGGGGAUUCCGUCGGCAGGUGCAUUAUAUUGCUACCUUAAGGUAUAGUAAUAUAACCACUCAGCACAAUAAAAAAUCAAAGUCUAUAAUGUUAUGCAAUUGCGUCUAAACAAAUAUAAGCUAGUGAGUGCCUAAAAAAUAAAAAUUAUAAGUCUAGGUCUCUAUAUAAUUGCAUUUAAACAAAUAUAUUGUAUAAAGAUCCUAAAAAUGAUAUGUAAUUAAGGCCUGCAUAUACGAUGCCGUCCAAACAAAUUUACGGCUUCAAUAUUAAAAAUCCAAGUUAAAGAGUUCGUAUAAAACUUUGAAGUAUCUUAUAUAGUUAUAUAUUCGUGAAUUGAGGGAAUUGUUCCUCCUAAAACGGCUUUGAAUUAUUAAUAGUGCCAAAAUUAAAUCCCAGCAAGGGACCGACAAAGUAGAACUUUUGUUACUUUUUCCUGUUUAUUGUUACAAGUCCAUCAACAAUGUUCCAUGUGGUAGACUUAUGUAAAUCAAGUCCGUCUUUUAUAUUCAAAAGAGAAAUGCGCAGAGUUACACAUUAAUAAAACAUUUACUAUGCGUGAACAUGUGCUUGGUACAAAUAUCCAUACAACUUUCUUACCUUUGAUUUUUACUUUAUUUGAUAUAUGAUUUUCGCCAAGACCGAAGGCGAAGCGCCACUUUCUUUAUGUGUGGACUUGCUCCAAGGCGAGAACAUGUGCUAAAAUACACAAAAAUUUAUUCUGGUAUUUUAUAUACAAAACAGGAAAGCAGUUAUUAACUGACACAUUUCACACAAUUUGAAGGGAAAAAAUAUUUUAAACCCCAUGUAAUAAACCAAAUGACAAUAAUUGACUUUUAACAUGACCACCUAGACCUUGAAAAUCUCAACAUGCAAGCUAUCCAAUUUCAAAUGCGCUCAUGUGCUACGCGAAAGCUCACUUUGUAAACAUGCUUUGUAAAACACUAAAAAAAUAUCUUCCUAAUAUUCACUAUGCUCUCUUGAGACCUUUUUGCAUUACUAUACCAGUAAGAUAUUUAACAAUUAUACCAUGAGCUCGAGUCGUAUAUGAGCUGAUAGCCGACGAGGUGCGUAGCACCGAGACGGCUAUCAGCCAUAUACGACGAGAACGAAUGGUAUAAUUGUUUUAUAAUAUAGUCUUAUAAUAGCCAUUAACUGAAGCAAUAAUUAAUUAUCCUCUGUUACAAUGUCUUGACAAUUUGUUCGGGCCAAAAACACCUUUGCCAUUAAAAUACUUUUGUUUUACAACUCGAAGACGAAGUGAAAGAAAUGGUUUUAGAACUGGUAUAUCUCACAAAAAAGAUCAGAUAUAUUAUAUAGAUGUUUGGUAGUGCUUGUUGACUGCAAAUUCACUUGUCUUUCGUUGCAAACUUUUCUGAACAAUUUAUAUUCUCAAUGAACAUGUUUUUUCGCUCUUAUUUCAGUAUUAAUUCUUUAAAAACUUGUAUUUAAACUAAUUUCUAUGUACUAAAUGUGUUUUGCUAACCUGUCAAAUUUUCUGAGAGUUUUUCCUUGUACUAUUAUCUUUCUCAAAGCCAAUAUUUUCCUUUUUUCUGCUUCGCAAAACUCAUGUAGUUUUUGGACCGCCAUCUUGUUUUUCGCUACUCGCCGUACAUGAGCUGAUAUACGGCGAGUAAUUCAACCAAUCAGAUUGCAAAACAGCUCAUAUACGGUGAAUGACUAUAUUAUAAAAACAUAAUAUGAAAUAAAAAUGUUAAUGUCAUGCCCAAAUGGCAAAUAUUAUUUUUGCCAAUUGAUGUUAAUGUUUCAUUUCGAUUUUGGUAUUUUCACGUCUUGGACCUGUCGUACUAUAUUAUUUGCAACUGCCAUGUAGCCUUAAAUUCCCUUAAUAUAACACUAAGAUCCAAUUUAACAAUUCCAACAUUUCAGGUAUCAUAAUGACUCCACAAACCUGCGCCAAUAUUGAGGACAAAACUGACUUCCGAAGACAAUAGCCUCAAACAACAUGGUAAGACAGAACUUGCAAUACGUCAGCAUGCACUUCUAUCAGAGAUCAUUCCCAGCGACAUUAAAAGCUCUUGAUUAAUAAAGUACGCAUGAAAGUAUUUCAACUGAUAUCACCAACGUAUAUUCGUGAAAUUUCGUGCAUGAAUUUUAUCUCCUAACAAAUAUUACGAAUAAACGAAGUGUUUACCAACAUGCAGCGUGGGCGUGUUUUCGUGCUGACGUCUCAUUCACAUAAUUAUGUCGCUAAUUCGUUCGACUCGUUCCUUUCGGGCAGACUUAAAAAAAAUUUUCCCAAAACGUGAUGACCUCGCCCCGUCGACAAAAUUUUUAUCCCCUUGGAAACUUUUUCUCACUAAAUGCCUCCACAUAAUGAAACAGGACCGAUUUUUAAAAUUUUUUGGUAGGGUGUCCCCCGCCCAACACACGAAAAACCCACAUGUAAUGUACACCUUAAUUAUGUUACAGCAAAUGAGAUGUGGUGCUUGGGUUGUUUCUGCCGCUUCUGAUUGGUGAAUUCAUCGCGGAAGAUGAUGAGCACUGGAGUGCAUAUUGCACACUUCUUGAAAUUGUGCAUAUUGUCUUCUCGCCGUUGAUCAGCAAGCAGAAAAUACCCUACCUACAGGUACUGAUCCAGAACCACCAUGAGGCCUUCAGAGCUUUGUACCCACACGCCUCUAUCAUUCCUAAAAUGCACUACAUGAUCCACAUGCCAAGAACAAUAUUACGGUAAGCAAACGAGAUAUAACAUGAUGACACAAACUGGGGAUUUGCUCAGGAAACUAGCUACGUGAGACAACUAGGUGUCUAACAGAUGUUACAAUUUCUUAAUGUAUACACGUGUAAUUCAACCAAGUGUUUUCACGAUCGAGUACAAAUCCAUUUGUUACUAUUGCAGUUUGGGACCAUUGAUCAGAAUUUGGUGCAUGCGAUAUGAGGCGAAACAUUCGUACUUUAAACGGCUGGCAGUUUCAUGCGGUAAUUUUAUUAACUUGCCGUACUCGUUGGCGAAACGACACCAAGGACUGUGCUGCCGGAUUAACACACCGGAAGGUAGCCAUUCUACGUUCCUUGAAAAAGGAAAUGAGAUUGGUCCACGUAUACAUGCAUUUACAGUAUGACUUUAAUGCUAAAUAUGAUUAAUUUAUACUUAAUAUUUACAGGCACAGAAACCUAUGCUGGAAGGUUAGAAUAUUAUGAUUUGCUCCAGCAGUCAUAUCCCUUAAAUGUGGAUGUCCUAACCUCCGUAUUUGAGUAAGUAUUUGUCCUUUUUAUACAGAUUCUUGAAGUCAUGCUCGAGUAGCGGAUAUCCUGUCUUUUACAUUGUACAGUUAUCAUUCCCACACUAACUUCCCCUCAGAAGAAGUAUUGGUUCAUCAGCUUUGUCUCGUUUCAAAUGCCCUCUUUGUUAAAGGGGAAGUCAAGUCCGUAAUGCAAACAAACGGUUUGUUUACAUUUUGAACUGCUAUAUUUUUUAAAAUAUGAUGUACUGUCUGAAUAUCUAACACCAUUUUGGUUCGCUAUGCUUCUAAAUGAACAUGGAAUAGAGUUUAUGUUCAGAAAAAUUCGAAACAUACGAAAUUUGGGCAAUGUUCACAUUAGAGGUCCUCACAUCGUUAUGAGCAGAACCGAUGCGCAGAACGGACUCGACUUCCCCUUUAAGUAACUAAAAUUCUGUUAUAUCCUUUUCAUUUCCUUCUUCAGGGCAAAAUGGGUUGUUAUUGGAGGAACCAAACACAGAUGCAAUGCCAUCAUACAUAGUGGUUACGAUGAUGAUGAUAUGCCAAGGUUUUGGAAGAUUCGCAAAAUUGUAGUUGUUGCCAAAAUUCUUGCAGCAAUCCAGUUUGUGAUGCAGCCACUAGAUACCAUCUGUUUUAACAGCCAUUUCCAGGAUUAUGAGGUUACCAUUCCAGAUGAUGACCAGCUGAUGGAAAUCCGACAGCAGAAAGAAUUCAACUGCUACAUCCCAAAACAUCUUUGCAGGCCAUAUGGUUGUUGUGUUGGUGCAGCAUAUUUUUGUACAAGAUUUGAUCUUGGUACCAACAAUUAG